AUGGGAAAGUCACGACGCAAUAGGGCCGGUGCAUCUAACCGCUCCGAUCCAGUGGGCGGCCGUCCUAGGACAGUCAAGGAGCCUUCUGACCCACAGCUGGCGGCUCUCCGUAACGACAAGAUCUUGCCAGUGGUGAAGGAUCUCAGAAGCGCCGAUCCUAAGACACGCACAACAGCAGCAGGCGCUAUUGCCAACAUCGUCGAGGACUCAAAAUGCCGGAAGUUGCUGCUCCGGGAGCAGAUCGUGCAUAUCGUCCUUACUGAGACGCUGGCUGACUCCAGCAUCGAGAGCAGGGCCGCCGGCUGGGAAAUUCUCAACGUGCUGGCACAGAAUGAAGAAAGCGAUUUCUGUGUGCAUCUGUUCCGUUGCGACGUACUGACACCUGCAGAACAUGCUCUGAGCCAGGUUCUUGAAACUCUGCAGUCUACGGAGACACCAUUCUCCAAGUUGACCAAGGCGCAGCAGGAAUUUGUGUGGAGAAUCACCUUGUCCAUCAUUGACCUGGUUGGGCAGCUGGCUGAAGCACGGAGCGAGAUUCUCGAGGCGGUAACAGGCAAUGCUGCCAUAACACGAGCAUUCUUUGCGUUGGUGUGCACCUCAGCGGCACCAUUCGAAAUCCACUGGGCUGCUGUGACGUGCCUUGCUCGGCUGUGCGACGACCAGCGUGCCCUCUCACAAGCCGUAGUCGAUGACCAGGUAAGCGGCUGCUACCAGUCGCUGCUGAAGCUCACAGAAGCCGGCGGACCCAUGGCGGUGGCUGCGUGCUCCGUCCUGCAUUCGGUGUUUGCGACGCUCGAAUGGUUUGACCACAGUCCUGGCAGGGAUGGUGCCUCAGAUGCGAUCCUUGUUCCCGUCCUGACGAAGGCGCUGGAGCAGCAACAGCAAGAGCCGAAGGAUAAGGCAGAGGACCACUCGACUGAGGUUCUAGGCCAGGCGCUCCAAGUGCUGGCCAUGAUGGGGACCACGCUGGAUACGUCGUUGGAGAAGGGCAACCGUGACGAGGUGGCACUGCUCGGCGGUGCCAGGAAAGGGGCUCUCUUGGACGAGGGCGAAGAGCUUGCCGGUGGAGAUGACGACAGCGAAGCCGGCGAAGGCAGCGAUGCGGAGAUGAUGGAGGACGAGGAGGAAGGCGUCCUUACGAUUAACGGCAAGAAGAGAGGGAAAGAGCCCAAGACGGACGGAUCCGAUGCGGGUGGCGAAUCGGACGAGGAGAUGGACGAUGCCGACUUGGACGCAGACAUGGAAAAUGUGACGGGUGCCGACGAGAAGGACGCAGAAGUCUCGGAGCUGGGUGACCUCCCGACGCUGCGCGAACUGAUCGGAACGGCGGUGCCGCAGAUCAUGCGGGUUGUGAAGGCACGGCCACAAGACGUGGAUGAGGCAGCCUUGGCCAUCCGACUGGACGCGUUGUCGGCUCUCAACAACAUCGCGUGGACGGUGUCGUGCAUCGACCUCGCGGAUGAGGGCAAUGCGGGCAUCCGACAGGCAUGGGGCCGGGCAGCACGACAGAUCUGGCUCGAGGUGGUGCGGCCGCUGGUGACUGGUGCGAUCACAGUAGACCUGCAGGUGGCGGCCAAGGUGACGGGCCUGGCCUGGGCGCUGGCGCGGGUUCUGGGCGGCGAGACGCCAGCGGACGCCGGAGAGCAGGAGCGGUUCAUGGCCAUGCGGGAUUCUCUGAGCGGCAGCAGCGGAGAGAGCGGAGAGAGCGUGGAUGGUAGCGACCCAUUUCAGAGUCCUUCUGUGAUGUGUAUCGGGGUGCUUGGGCAAAUGGCACGUGACCCGGCGCCGGUGGCCACCAACCGCAAGAUUGGCGAGUACUUCCUCGGGGUAGUAGAGGCGCUGCCGGCGACACCGAUAGCCGACGCGGUCGAGGCGCUGAACCAACUCUUUGACAUCUACGGCGACGAGAAGGCCGAGUGCGACAAGGCUGUGUUCUGGCCGGGCAAGUUUCUGGCGCGGCUGGAGGCGGACGUGGCCAAGAUCAAGGCGGCAGCCAAGACGAUCGACAAGCGGACAGCAUCAGAGCUGCGGACGCGCACCGACGAAGCCGUGCUCAACCUCGGGCGCUUUGUGCAGUACAAGAAGAAGCAUGCGUCCUGA